AUGGGAAAAGGUGAAGAACUCUUGGUAGCUUAGAGAAACCCCAUCAUGGGAUAAUUUCCAGCUUCAAAAUAAAAGUAGAUUAAUAAAACAUCAAACCUUAAUAACGGACAGAGUCCCCGUUCUAAAGACCAGAUCAAGCAGAUUCGCUAAUAUUAGCUAACUCAGAAACACUUUUUAGAUGAGAAUCAUGUCUAACAAGAUGAUAAAUCUGCUUCAAAUGCUCACUUUUAAAGUGGAAAAUACUAAAAUAAUCAAUUCUAAACCUUAUCUAGAAAACCCCUAUAAGAUAUAACAAAUGUCUCAACUUCAAAGUAAAGCAGUAAAAAAUGCGCUAUAAAUGAUAACCAAACUAUGAAAUAAACACGCCAUUUUACUUAUCUUACAUUCUUGAAUAGUACAGCACUGAAAUAGUUUAAAGUACUACUUUAUGUUGAUAGAGAGCUAGGAAUACCUUCAGAAUAUGUUGACAAACUUCAAGAUCAUUCUAUUGAUAAUGAUGUUGCAACAGAUGAUGAGCAAAUAAUUAGUGCCACAAGAAAAUUAAAAUCAGCUCUUGAAGAGGAAGUAUACAUGAACAGAGAUUUGGAAGAAGAUUUAUUAGAAUAAAUUAUGUACGAAGAAAUAGAAAAGUGGGACUCCGAAGAGGAAAUAAGAAAACAAGAAUAAAAAUAAUAAAGCCUCAUUGAGUACGAAAUGCUAAUGAAAAACCAGUAAAUAGUGGAAAAUAAAUAAAAGUACUCUAUUGAUUAGCUUUUUGAAAGAAUUUAUAUAAAAUACCAAAGCAAAUGCAAAAAGCCUUUCACUAUAAAAUCUCAUGAACGCCUACUUUACAAGACUAUUGAAAAAACGGUACCAAAAUUUAAAGAAUAUUAUAAAAACUAAAGUUAUCAAUACAAGCAAUAUUUGCAGAAAAAAUAACAAAGAAAUUUAAAAUAAUAGCAGCAAUAAUAGUAGUAAUAACAACAACAAUAGUAGUAAUAGUAAUAAUAAUAAUUAUAGCAUUAAGUAUAACUGCAAUAACAAUAAUAAUAGUAAUAAAUGUAAUAAGAAGCUAUUAUCAAUUAGAAUUACGUGAAACAAAAAAAAUCUUCAUCUUCAAGUAACUCAACUAUUGAAUAAGCCUCAACUAUAUCUACUUAGCCUUCUCACAUAUCUGAAAGUUCGUACAUAAACCAAAAUUAAUGCAAUUUAAAUGAAAUUACCACAAAAGUCAAUGGAAAUAGCAAUAACUUUGAAAUUCUAUCAGAUGUAAGCUCUUUACAUAAGAUAAGCUCUUCUAAUUUGAUCGAUUCAGUAUGA